AGUUCCAAUGAAAUUCCGCAACAUGGCGCAUGAUCAUACCUCGACUCGAUCAUACAUUCCUGGUCAGGCUUUACAACACCUAGUCUAUUACUAUUUGUCCAAGACGAGCCGCGAAUGUAAAGCGGUUUCAAUGUACUAUACCUAAAUGGUUUCAAUGCGCCUGUGAACAAUUUUAGAACAUCCAUUAGCUAUCAGCAUUGAUAUUGACAGAUUUGACAGUUAAGUUAGUGCCCGAUAUCAACAAUCAUAAUUCAUAUGAGAUUGUGUCGAGUUAUAGUUAAUUAUUCUUUAAUUAACUGACAGAUAGGUACCACGUCCUCAUGCUUGUAAACAUCUGAGCUUUAGUAAAACCGGAUUUGAGAUUAAAUAUGAUAAAAAUGAUGAACUAAUUUUGAUAUACCCUCAACUAUUCGGUGGAAAAAAUUGAACUACGGACAUUUAAUUACUGUCGGAGAAUUCGUACAUAUCGUAAAAUUAAAUAAUAAGAUUUGGAAUCAUGCAUCCUGCCUCAGAAGACACACAAUCCGAACAGUCCACCUGUGUAGUACAAACAAUAGAGGGGCCUAUACGCGGUUAUAUUGAAAGAAAUGAUGAGGGAACUUACUACAAGUUCAAGAGCAUACCUUUUGCUAAGCCUCCUAUUGGCCCAUUAAGAUUUAUGCCACCUCUACCCAUUGCUCCAUGGGCUGAAGAACUAGACUGCACCAUGAAUUCACCUAUGCCGUUAUGUGUUAGCCGGGAACGAAAAAUUAUUGGUACAGAGGACUGUCUAUAUCUCGAGGUCAUCAGUCCCAACAUCAAACCUAACAAGCCCAUGCCUGUUAUGUUUUUCAUGCCUAGUUAUGGAUUUGGAUUUCGUCUAGAAGAGAUUUAUGAUGCAUCUUUAAUAGCCAAUCAGGAUGUUGUCUAUGUGAUUUGCAAUGGAAGGUUGGGGCCAUUUGGCUUCUUGUCUAUUAAUGACAUAUCUGCACCGGGUAACAAUGGACUGAAAGACUUAGUAUUAGGUUUGAAAUGGGUUCAGAGAAAUAUACAUACCUUUGGGGGAGAUCCAAAGAAUGUCACUAUAUUUGGUUCAAGUUCAGGUGGCUCUAUGGUGCAUUUUAUGAUGCUUUCACCAAUGGCUACUGGGUUAUUCCACAAAGCUAUUAUUCAAAGCGCCACCGCAUUAAAUAAUUGGUCUAUAGAUAGGAACCCAACCGCUGUAGUAACUGAACUGGCCAUGAAGUUGGGCAUACAAACAUGCUGCAUGGUUACAACCAUAGAAAAAAUAAAAAAUUGCUCAAAAGAUGAUAUCACAUCUGCUUGGUUGAACAUGUUCCAAGAACAAAUAGCGCGAUUUGGUAAUUUAGUGGAUUCAGUCUUUAAGCCCUGCAUUGAACAAGAGUUUGAGGGCCAACCCGCAUUUCUUACAAGAAGCCCAACAUUAAUUGUUAAAUCUGGAAAUUUCAAUAAAGUGCCAUUUAUAAUUGGAAGCAAUAAUAAAGAAGGCGAGUUGGUACGUUUUAUUGGUAUCAAUUAUUAUGACUACAAAAAGAUAAAUGAAAAUGUGAGACUUAUGGUUCCAAAACCAAUAGCAGUAGAAGACAACUUGGACCAGGUGAUAGGGCAAAAGAUUUUGAAGUUUUAUUCAGGUGGUGAAGAUUUAAUGAAUGAGGAUAGUAAAGACCAGUAUAUACAACUUAUCAGUGACUUCUUUUUUAUAUACCAUGUAACCAAAACUGUCCAGCUGCACACAACCGUUGCGCCAGAAUGUCCAAUAUACUAUUAUAUCUUAACCCAUGCAGGGGAAUGGAAAUUGCCAAAGGAUUUGGAACUAUUUAACUGUGCUGGACAUCAUGCAGAGAUACCUUUUAUAUUCCGUAUUGCAAUCCCGGGAUCGCCACCGUGCAAGGGCAGUCGCGACUCUGUUACAACUAGAAGCAGAGUUAUCAAAAUGUGGACAAACUUUGCCAAAUAUGGAAACCCAACACCCGACGAAAAUGAUCCGCUUCUACAGAUUAAAUGGGACCCAGUCGAAAAUGCUAAUAAGUUGAAUUAUUUAAAUAUCGGAUCUGAACUUACCAAAGGAAGGAAUCCGUUCAGGGAGAGAAUGGCGUUCUGGGACGAUCUGCUCCACCAACAUAAGUUCCUGAAAAUACUGAGUUUUUUCCAGGAUUUUGGAAUGGCUUGCUGAUAUGAAUAUACAGUAACACCCGCUUAGAAAAUUCUCACCAUGAAUAAAUGUAUGACAAAAACGUGACCGUACAA